AUGUCCGGUCUACUAGGCCUUGCCUACGACUCUAGCGACGAUGAAAUUGCGCCCGCAAACCCCAUAUCAGCACUUCCCAAGCCUGUGAAGGCUGCCCCAGAUGUAUCAAUAGAGGUUUGGUCUCUACUUUUAGUACGAAGCCUUGGUCGGUCUGACGUUGACCAGGACUCGUCGCAAUUGCAAAUAGCACUUGCGAAUCCUUCGAGUACCACCUUGGCAUAUAAUGUCACCUACGACAACCUCGCUCGACCUACAGAGGGUCCAAUAAAUCCAUUCAAAUCCACCUCUGGAAAUGCAUUGAAACGCAAGAAUGUCCUGACGGGCAACGCUGAAGAGACCACCAUGUCGGAGGCCACGUUCAAGACGCAGCAUAGGACUUUCCAAAGUCUGGGUUACACGAAAGAUCCCAGCGUCAAUGGCGCAUUCGUGGGGGAUCAAGCUGCGAUUGCGAAGUAUGGUGGACGGGAUGUUGUCCAACUACGACACUCCAAAGGGGAUAGUGCAGCCAUUCGAGCGAAGCGGCAAAAGAAGGGUGAUAGCAGCGUCGUCGAUGGCGAAGGAGCAUAUCUAGGACCCUGGGCGAAGUAUACAAGUGACGACGUCGCAUACGAGCAGGCAGAAGCUGCUGCGGAUCAGGAACUCGCCUCGGAUGAAGAGUGGGUGGAGGAAGGUAUAGUGCCUACUCCAUUGCCCGCACCGCCAAAGGAAGCAACCGGAUAUGGAGAAGACUCUACCGUUACAGAAACCACGCAGUUCCAUGGCGCCUCAGAGUUCGAUUACCAAGGGCGAACCUAUAUGCAUGUUCCUCAAGAUCUCGACAUCGACCUUCACAAGGAACCAGGGUCACAACAAAACUAUGUGCCCAAGAAACUUAUACAUGUCUACAAAUAUCACACCAAGCCCAUUACUUCCCUCCGCUUCAUUCCACGAUCAUCACAUCUUCUGUUAUCAUCUGCCGCUGAUGGCAAAAUUGCUUUGUGGGAUGCCCACCAUGACAGGGCGCUGCUAAGGACGUUCUCCGGCCACAGCAAAUCCGUCACUGACACUGAUUUCCAUCCUACUGGACGCACAUUCCUUUCCGCAUCUUAUGACCGCCAAAUGAAAUUGUGGGAUACGGAAACAGGAAAAUGUCUAUCACGCUUUACCACUGGGAAAACACCCCACACGCUUCGUUUCCAUCCAGAAGGCAAUGAGUUUAUUGCAGGCAUGUCGGACAAAAAGAUUGUUCAGUUUGAUACCCGGAAUGGAGAGUUGACCCAGGAAUAUGACCAUCAUCUGGGCCCAAUCAACACAUUGACCUUUGUGGACGAGGGAAGAAGGUUCAUUUCCACCUCGGACGACAAGUCUCUAAGAGCGUGGGAAUUUGGAAUCCCCGUGCCUAUCAAAUUCAUCGCCGAUCCAUCCAUGUACGCCCUCGUCCGCUCAGCACCACACCCUAGUGGGAAAUAUGUUGCCUUCCAGAGCGCCGAUAACCAGAUUGUUGUUUACGCUGCAGGUGACAAGUUCCGACAGAAUCGUAAGAAGGGAUUCCGUGGCAUGAAUACUUCAGGGUAUGCUAUCGAUGUGGCCAUUAGUCCAGAUGGAGGUAUCAUUGCAUCCGGCGAUACCGGGGGAUUUGUGUGCUUCUGGGACUGGAAGACCGGUAAAAUGUGGCACAAGGUUCAAGCUGGAGGAGAAGGAUCUGGUGCCGUUACAUGCGUUGCCUGGCACGGCCAAGAGACAAGUAAAGUUGCUACUGGUGGCCUUGACGGCAUCAUCAGAUACUGGGAUUGA